AUGGCGACGCUUCACGACGUCGCGGGGGUCACCGCGCGGUCCUCGACAUGGGGCAUCGACCUCGAUAACCCGUCCGCGCGCGCGGAGUGGACGCGCCGGCUGAACGCCAAGGUGGAGGAGGCGGAGGAGUUGGCGAGCGUGGGCGCGCUCCUCGCGGACCAGCUUCGCAUCGCGAACGAGGAGAAAGCGCGCCUCGAGGUGGAGCACUGCAACGGCUUCGGGCGCGCGAGCGCGAGCACGGCGAAACCGAAGUGGGGGCGUCGCACGGCCGCGCCCGCGGAGGACGCCGCGCGCGCCGCCUCGAGCGCGUCCGCGACGACGGCGACGUUCCACUCCCUGCGCGAUUCGCUGCUAAGACGAUUCGGGAAGCACGGCGAGUACUCGCUCCUGUGCGACCCCGUGGACGCGUUCGAGUCGCUCGCGCGCGCCGCGCGCGAGCGCAGAGCCGUGUUCGAGGGCGUCGUCAACAGAGAAGCGCUGAGGCGAUACUUCGCCGACUUCGACACGAACCAUCCCGCGGUGGUGCGCGCGUACUUGGACGCGCGGCGGGGCGUGCACGAGCCGUCGGGUAAGAUCGGAAGCAUCUUUCUCAUGCCGUCUCGGCUCACGUCCGACGUGCGAUACUUCGCGCACGCGGCGGGGUCGCUGUAUCGCGUCCCGGAGCGCAUCUCCGCGGAGGACUUGCGCGAGGCGAUCUCGAAGCUCGAGGACGUCGACGGCGCGAGGGAGCUCACCGUCGAGGAUUGCGAAAAAUUCAUCCGCGAGUGGGACUCGAGCGACUACCUCCACCGCGACGGCGCGAUGCACGUGCUCGAUUUCGCCGUGUUCAUGCGGUUCGCGACGAUGAACGACGACGCGGAGGGCGCGGCGAACGUGCUGAACGCGACGAAGAACCUCACCGACCGGACGCGCGCGAACGCGAUGCUGAGAGUCGCCGCGGACGUGCGAAGACAGACCAGAGAAAAACUGACGCGGUACCGCGCGGCGGGCACGCGACUCGGGAGGGACGUCGCGCGCAACCGCGAGGCGGACGCGCUCAUCGAGGCGCUCCAGGAAGAAGUCGCGGUGUACGUCUCGCACCGCGACCCCGCGGUCGGGGACGUCGAGAGAGAGCUCGAGUUUCGAGUGGAGUUGGUGAUGCCCGUCGGGAUCGCCGCGGAUGCCGCGGGCGACGCCGUCGGGUCGAGGUGCAGGCUCGUCCCUCGGCUCACCCCCGCGCCGACGAUCGCGCUGCUGCUGCACGCCAUGGACGAUAACCUCACCGGGUACGUGACGCCGUCGGACGUGCGCCUCGCGCUGUCGCAGUGCGGGAUACCGCUCACGGCGACCGAGGCGCUGGUGUUGGGCGAGAUGUUUGAAGAUUCGCGAGCGAAGCACGGCGUCGGCGACUCGACGCGCGCGCGCUGGGCGAUCGACGACGUGCUCGAGAUUCUCGACGCGGAGCCCUUGCCUCCGUGCCGCGGCGGGAUCCCGACGCUGCUGUGGCGCUGGGCGCGAGGCGCGAGAGCCGCGGUCGUGAAGUACAUGACGUCGGGCGGAGCCGUCGGCGACCGCCGCGAGAAGGAGUACGAACUCUCCGACGUGAGCGACGCGGAGAUGACGCGGUACCUCGUCGCGCCGUCGCUGUUCGCCACGUUCGAACACGGCGCGAUACGCAAGGUGGCGCGCGCGUCGUUGUUCCGACGAAACAAGCUCGUGAAGGCGUUCCGGGCGCUGGACGACACGUUACCGGAGACGAGCGGCGCCACGGGCGUCGGCGCGUUGACGCAGAGCAACGUCAAAUACGCGGCGAUGAUCGCCGGGUGCGAUUUGCCGUCGUUCACGCGAGACGCGCGGCUCGAGACGCUCGCGGAGCGGUUCGUCCCGAGCGGCCCGGGCGUGCCGAGCAAGCUGCGGCUGAAGACGACCGGGAUGCGGGGGAAGCAGGAGAGGUACGUCGACUGGCGCGGCGUCGUGCGCGCGGCUGGGCCGUCGUUUGCUUUGUGCGAGCAAGAGAAAGCCGCGGGCGCCGCCGUCGGGGGCGUCCACGGCGUCGGCGUCGACGCGUGCGGGAUCUCUGAGGACGUGUACUACGCGGGCGAGGAUGCGAAGAGGGUGCGCGCGGACGACGUCGCGCACGACGGCGACGUCGUCGCCGUCCUCGCGUCCAUCGCGUCGUGGACGUACGAGUGGAUCGCGGAUCUGCGACGCGAGUUUGAAUCUCGCGACGCCGCGCUGACGGGCGCGCUCUCGCCGGGAGACUUUCUCGCCGCGAUGCGCGCCGCCGGGUUCGGGGUGGAGUGCUUCGGCGAGAGCGAGCUGAGGUGGUGCGUCGUCGCGUGCAGGCACCAGAGCGAGGACGCGGUCGUGUAUCCGAAGUAUCUGGCGUUGGUGCUCUCCGGGAUCGAGAGAGAGGUGGAGGCGGCGGAGAGGAAGCACCGGGAGAAGGUCGCCGCGGACGCCGCCGCGGACGCGCAGGAGCAGUAUUAG